AUGGCAGACUUAACAUCUUCAUAUUACUCGGAUGUGGACACCGUAAUAAGACAUUUGCUGCUUCCACAGUUAACGUUCGAGCAAAGGUGUUCAUCAUCCAGACAGUAUAUUUGGUUAGAACAUGAAUGGGACUAUUUAAGCAUUGAUGAGAACACAACAGAGUUUCUAUCUCAAUGUAAGGAUUUAGCAAAAGUGAAGCUUGCAGAUAAUUUAGAAGACAUUAUUAGAAGGAGUAGAGAGUUUCCUAUACCAUUCCCUAUCCAGACCAUUAGGUUGGAACAAUUGACAUUGACAAGACCUCUGGUCAGGCUAAAGAAAAAUAUAAUGUCUACGUACCCCCUCAUACAUGAGAGAGUUUUAUUGCUAAUGACCAGAUUUUUGGUAUAUAAAAGGAUAUAUGGUUCAGACAUUGAAAAGAAAUUAUACCAGAAGAUGACAGUGCCACAACUGAUUGAUAGGAUACUGAAGAAACGAGCUGUAACAUUUUAUGGUGCUUUUGAUAAAUAUAUGUUACUUACAGGGAAGAGAGGUCGCAACGGUUGGGAAUUAGUUGGCACUGCAAAGGAAAAACCCCCUCUACUACUCAGGAAUUGUUUAAGUUAUGAUGAAAUGAAACUAUCUUCAAUGGUAUAUGUCAGUGGUUUUACUGAGUCUAUAAAUGAUGGUGAAAGAAACAAUAAAGGUAUUGUUAAUGAUCAGGAUAUUGAAGAAAAUGCAGUUAUUAUUGGUAUUAUAGGCCCACGAUUUAAACGCACACUUAAAAUGGAAUAUGAAGAUAUAAUAAUAUCAAAAAGUCAGAACGUACCUGCUAGAGGGUAUGGCUCUGAAGAGAAUCAGUCCGACGAAGCUAAGUAUAUGUGGAGGAAGAUGUGGUCGGAGUUUUAUCAGGUCCCCAGUUACAGUUACGACGAAUUAAAACCCAAAAUGAAAAUAUGUAAAUCUUCCAAAAGCAAAUUAUACACAAGUCGUUUCGUCUCACUUAAGGCAGGAAACGAAGAGUGUUUUGAUAAUACUGUGUACUAUAAACGACUAUGUGUGACCGCUGAAUGUAUACUUAUGGAAGCUGAAGCUAGAGCACAGGCUGAAGGAAAAUUUGCUUUCCUCAACAUUAUUGGAGCAGGUCUUGGCAAAUGGCGUAUGUCACCCCACCAGGAAGAUGUGUACGUAUCAACAUUCGAGGAGCGAAUAUACACUUUCCUGGACAGCGGGAAACUAAACCAUGUCUCCGAUAUUAACUUUUCUUAUAUCAAACCUUCUCCACCUGUGAUUGGCCAAUAUACCAAAGACGAAACAAACACCAAAUUACGUAAACACUUUAUUGAAAACACGAAGCAUCCUAAAGGCGGUAUAAACACUCAAUUUGAGAACCGGGAGCCUUCGUCCAAAUUGAAAGACGAACACGAAGGGAAGCUGCUCGUAAUGACUUACGCUUGGGACGGAAAUGCGCAUCCCGGGAAUGAGUUUUGGGUGGGUCUACUUGCGGGAUCAGGUGACUCGGCGGCAGCCUGCUCAACGCAAGUGUCUGAGCUUCACAACGCUCAUAUUAACCCUGGUGUUUGCGCCAACAAUACUAUGAUCGCAGGACGAAAUGGUGUUAUCGGUUUGGCGGAAUACUCUGAUCGCUGUUUAAAGGCUAUUUCGCAGAACACGGAUAUUUUAUUCUUCCAAAAUGUAUCUUGGUGUAAACCGGACUGGCCUCUUCUGAACAUUAACAAGGAGACCAAAGAUCUCUUUGUUCAACGCAAAGUCACUUCCAAUGUGGGUAUAUCAGAUGAUGUUUAUGAAAUCAUAAGGAGAAGUAAUGAAUUUCCUUUGAGAUUCCCCAAAUUAUGUGAGCAUAUCAGAUUGAAACAACUACAAGCAAGAAUUCCAAUUGAUAUACUGAAGAAGAACAUCGUGUCAACGUAUUGCAUCGUUCAUGAGCGAGUUUUGCCACUAAUGGCACGUUUUCUUGUUUACAAGAGAGAAUUCGGCUCGAGUAUUGAAAAAGCAUUGUAUAAAGACAUGUCAGUGGCUGACUUGAUCGACAGGAUACUAAAAAAACGAGCCGUCGUUUUCAUGACCCCACAAGAUAGAUAUCUACUACUUUUUGGAAUGUCUGGCGAAGGAGGCUGGGAAGCCGUCGGUACAGAAGCAGAAACGUCUCCUCUCAGACUAGAACACUGCUUGAGCUAUGAUGAAAUGAAACUUUCCUCGAUGGUGUAUGUGAGUGGACACACUCAGUGCCAUAAUGAUGGAAAAAGGGAGAAUAGGCAAAAAAUUGGUGGCAAUGAUGUGGAAACUGAUGCUGUUAUCAUUGGCAUAAUUGGACCUAGAUUUGAACGCCAAGACCGUAUGGAAUACGAGGAUAUACUAAUAACUGAGAAACAGAACACGGCUGAAAAUGGAUUCGGCGAAAGCCAGGACGCAAGGAGUAACUGGCGACAGAUGUGGGCCGAGUUCUAUCAGGUUCAUAGUCCAACUUACACCGGUCUAAAGUCAUCAGUUAAUAUCCCCAACAAACAAUCUGAAGAGCAACGUUAUCAAGACAGAUAUGUUACUAUUUCGGACACUUGCAUAUUUGAUAACGAAGUUUAUUACAAAAGAUUGAGUGUGACAGCUGAAUGCGUCCUGUUGGAAGCCGAAGCUAGAGCCGAAAUUGCAGGAAAAGAUGCUUUCGUCAAUGUUAUUGGUGCCGGUCUCGGAGUGUGGAAGAUAUCUCACCAUCAGGCAGACGUAUUCGUGUUAACUUUCUUGGAGCGCACUCGGGUGUUUCUGGAGAAAGGCUUGAUUAACCACGUGGCGGACGUUAAUUUUGCUUACAUCAGGCCCUCCGAGUUCGUUAUGGCUUUAUUUACGGACAGAAGUGGCACCGAAGACGACCCAGUGACAGUGAAGAAAUUGUUCUUACAAUGGACAGGACAUCCCAGAGGUGGUAUAAACGUGCAGCUGGAGAACAUAAAGUUAUCGUCAAAGUUGACGGGCAAAAAUGAAGGGAAGUUACUUGUGAUGACUUACGCAUGGGACGGUAAUGCACACCCUGGUAAUGAAUUUUGGAUGGGCAAUCUUGACGGAUACUGUGGUCCUGAUGCCGCAUAUUCUACACAAGUGGCCGAGCUUCACAACGCUCAUAUCAACCCCGCUGUAAACGGCAAUAAUACCAAAAUUAUAACCCACAACGGUGUUAUGUCCAUUUCAAAAUAUUUCACUACACAAAUCAACUAAAACAACAAUAUUGUAAAUAAUAUUUCUGUAUAAUUUAUAAAAUACUGAACAAUUUUACAUUUUAUUUAUAAUAAAACAA